AUGGACGUGGACGUGGACGUGGACGUGGACGUGGACGUGGACGUGGACAUGGACGUGGACGUGGACGUGGACUUGGACGUGGACGUGGACAUGGACGUGGACGUGGACAUGGACGUGGACGUGGACGUGGACGUGGACAUGGACGUGGACGUGGACGUGGACGUGGACAUGGACGUGGACGUGGACGUGGACAUGGACGUGGACGUGGACGUGGACGUGGACGUGGACGUGGACGUGGACGUGGACGUGGACGUGGUGGACGUGGACGUGGACGUGGACGUGGACGUGGACGUGGACGUGGACGUGGACGUGGACGUGGACGUGGACGUGGACGUGGACGUGGACGUGGACGUGGACGUGGACAUGGACGUCGACGUGGACGUCGACGUGAACAUGGACGUGGACAUGGACGUGGACUUGGACGUGGACGUGGACGUGGACGUAGAAAUGGACGUGGACGUGGACGUGGACAUGGACGUGGACGUGGACGUGGACGUGGAAAGAAAUGGACUUAUGGACGUGGACGUGGACGUGGACGUGGACAUGGACGUGGACAUGGACGUGGACAUGGACGUGGACAUGGACGUGGACAUAGACAUGGACGUGGACAUGGACGUGGACGUGGACAUGGACGUGGACGUGGACGUAGAAAUGGACGUGGACGUGGACAUGGACGUGGACGUGGACGUGGACGUGGACAUGGACGUGGACAUGAACGUAGAUGUGGACGUGGACGUGGACAUGGACGUGGACGUGGACGUGGACGUGGACAUGGACGUGGACGUGGACAUGGACGUGGACGUAGACGUGGACAUGGACGUGGACAUGGAUGUGGACGUGGACAUGGACGUGGACGUGGACAUGGACGUGGACGUGGACGUGGACGUGGACGUGGACGUGGACGUGGACAUGGACGUGGACAUGGACGUGGACUUGGACAUGGACGUGGACUUGGACGUGGACGUGGACGUGGACGUGGACAUGGACGUGGACGUGGACAUGGACGUGGACGUGGACGUGGACGUGGACGUGGACGUAGAAAUGGACGUGGACGUGGACGUGGACAUGGACGUGGACGUAGACGUGGACGUGGACAUGGACGUGGACUUGGACGUGGACGUGGACAUGGACGUGGACAUGGACGUAGACGUGGACGUGGACGUGGACAUGGACGUGGACGUGGACGUGGACGUGGACAUGGACGUGGACGUGGACAUGGACGUGGACGUGGACGUGGACAUGGACGUGGACAUGGACGUGGACAUGGACGUGGACGUGGACAUGGACGUGGACGUGGACAUGGACGUGGACGUGGACGUGGACGUGGACGUGGACGUGGACGUGGACAUGGACGUGGACAUGGACGUGGACUUGGACGUGGACGUGGACUUGGACGUGGACGAGACGUGGACACGUGGACACGUGGACGUGGACGUGGACAUGGACGUCGACGUGGACGUGGACGUGGACAUGGACGUGGACGUGGACGUGGACGUGGACAUGGACGUGGACGUGGACGUGGACAUGGACGUGGACAUGGACGUGGACAUGGACGUGGACGUGGACAUGGACGUGGACGUGGACAUGGACGUGGACGUGGACGUGGACGUGGACAUGGACGUGGACGUGGACUUGGACGUGGACGUGGACAUGGACGUGGACGUGGACAUGGACGUGGACGUGGACGUGGACAUGGACGUGGACGUGGACGUGGACGUGGACAUGGACGUGGACGUGGACGUGGACAUGGACGUGGACGUGGACAUGGACGUGGACAUGGACGUGGACGUGGACGUGGACGUGGACGUGGACGUGGACGUGGACGUGGACGUGGACAUGGACGUGGACGUGGACGUGGACGUGGACGUGGACGUGGACGUGGACGUGGACGUGGACGUGGACAUGGACGUGGACGUGGACGUGGACGUGGACGUGGACGUGGACGUGGACGUGGACGUGGACGUGGACGUGGACAUGGACGUCGACGUGGACGUCGACGUGACAUGGACGUGGACAUGGACGUGGACUUGGACGUGGACGUGGACGUGGACGUAG